AUGGACUCCAAUGCCCAACAAGACUCGCCGCUCUCAACUACAUCCAACAUUGUCGGCAUCUUGACUUUCGUCGUUGCCAUUGCGGCAGCGAUAUAUGCCCGUCUCAACUAUCUCCGCAAUAGCGACGAAGAAUACUUCCGAGUCAAGACCUCACUGUCGUGGUACAAAACUGAGUCUACGUGGCUCAAAGUCGAGUCCAAGGCAAGCACACCGCGCGGGCCAGGCAAUCGAGAUGAUCGGUGGACACUGGUGCCCAGCUGGCAGCGUAGCACCCCUUCUGUCGGCAUGGCCUGGAUGUCGGUGCGGAGCAAGGCGCUGGAGCUGGUGCGGCAGCGCGAGGCAUUGACUGCAAGAGUGCAGUUUCUUCAGAUGAGCAUGAUCUCGUCUCGUCUAAGUGACCUGGAGGCGAGGACGAAGUGGGGAGAAUUCAAGGCACAUGAGAAUUCAAGAAAGAUGGAUGGUGUAGUCGAAAGUCGCAAGGACGAGUACAACCGUCUGGAAACCCUAGUGCAACAACUUCUCAUUCAUGGUCGGGAUGCAGUCCGAUUGGAUAAGCCUGAAUCCGACCACGAAUCAUUACGCAGGAAACCGCCGUAUAUCUUUAGUAGCACUAGAUGA